UCUAUGCAGUAAUUUAAAAAAAAUACAUAAAUUUAGCUUUUGAAUUAAACGUGUAAUUUUAUGACUUUCAGUGCCAAGUUAUGGCUGGCAGCUUGCUAUAGAACAGACUUGUUUUCGAUACCUAGAGAACAACUAACCAGGAACUAUAAGCUCUGUGAGUACCAUUUUGAUGAGAAGUUUUAUAGUGCAGGGCCCUCAAGAAAGCGUUUGUUACCUAACGCGUUACCAACAUUAUUUCCUAAUCCCACAAAAAGGACUUGUGAAGGUGAACAGCUUGAGGAAAGACCGCCAAAAAAAGUCUCAAAGGAAAAGGACAUAAAAAUUCUAUCAGAUAUUUUAAUACAGCCUGCAAUUAUGAAACCAGCAACGUUGGCCCAGCAAAGUAUUGCCGAAAAAAAUUCUCCUUAUGACAGAACUAAGACGCCUGAAAAACACCCAUUAUUGGAUAUUUUUUCUGGUAAGAUUCUCUUCUUUCAGUUUAGUAGGUUGGAAUAAGUUUUCAGUAAGAAUGGAUUAUUCUUCAGAAAACCCUAAUUAGUUUUAU